CAUAUCACACAAUACAAGUCUCAAGUUUUCUAGACGAUGGCUAAUCACAUACCUCAUAUUACUACUUCAUGGCUUCUCUUGAUCAGCUUCACAUGUGCUCUUCUUAUUACUUGUAGUACUGGGCAAUCUGAGGGUGAUCAACAGGCAUGGAAGGUGUGGUGUCUGUGAUCCCAAAUGAAAAGAAGCAGCUUUUGACAACAAGGUCAUGGGACUUCAUGGGCUUCCCUCAAGAAGUCAAGAGAGUAGGAGCUGAAAGUAACAUCAUAGUCGGAAUGCUUGACACUGGAAUCUGGCCUGAAUCCGAUAGCUUCAGCGACGAUGGAUUUGGUCCUCCUCCAAGCAAAUGGAACGGCACUUGCCAAUCCUCAUCCAAUUUCACUUGCAACAAUAAAAUUAUAGGAGCUAAGUACUACAGAAUUGGUGGAAAUUUUCCUCCAGGAGACUUUCAAUCACCAAGAGAUUCAGAAGGUCAUGGCUCUCACACUUCUUCAACAGCAGCUGGGCGCUUAGUAAGCAAUGCCAGUUUAUUUGGGCUUGCCCCAGGAACAGCUCGAGGGGCGGUUCCCUCUGCCCGCAUUGCCGUGUACAAGAUUUGUUGGUCUGAUGGCUGUAAUACUGCUGAUAUCCUUGCUGCAUUUGACGAUGCGAUAGCAGAUGGAGUUGACUUAAUAUCUCUUUCGGUUGGGGGGUUCAUUCCUUUGAACUACUUCGAUGAUGUGAUUGCCAUUGGAGCUUUCCAUUCUAUGAAGAAUGGAAUCCUCACCUCCAACUCUGCUGGUAAUUCGGGUCCGAGUUCUGCAUCAAUUAAAAAUUUUUCACCUUGGUCUCUCUCAGUUGCUGCUAGCACCAUAGACAGAAAAUUUGUCACCAAAGUAAUGCUGGGUAACAAUAUGAUUUACGAGGGUAUCUCCAUAAACACCUUCGAUCUUAACAGCAUGUACCCUUUAAUUUAUGGUGGGGAUGCUCCGAAUACUACAGCAGGUUAUGAUGGAUCUGAAUCCAGAUACUGCUACCCAGGCUCAUUGAAUACAACAUUGGUAAAUGGUACAAUCGUUCUAUGUGAUCAGUUACAUGACGGGACAUCAACAUUACAAGCAGGUGCAAUUGGUACAGUAAUGCAAGGCGAUAGAUUUAAAGAUGUUGCCUUCUUAUUCCCCUUAUCUGCAUCCUACAUGACCCCUCAAAAGGGCUCCCAAGUUUCUCUCUAUAUAAAUUCAACUAGUAAUCCAACGGCAAACAUAGCGAAGAGUAUUGAGAGGAAAGACAAAUUGGCACCGUUUGUUGUUUCGUUUUCAUCAAGGGGACCAAACCCAAUUACAACGGACAUCCUCAAGCCCGAUUUAACUGCACCUGGAGUGGAUAUUCUUGCUGCAUGGUCAGAAGCUACGACAGCGACGGGAAGUGAAGGAGAUACAAGAGUGGUUCCAUAUAAUAUCAUCUCUGGAACAUCCAUGUCCUGCCCACAUGCUGCUGGAGCAGCUGCUUACGUGAAGUCAUUUAAUCCAGAAUGGUCUCCUGCAGCUAUUAAAUCUGCUCUAAUGACCACUGCUUCUCCCAUGAGUGUAGAAACCAAUAGUGAUGCUGAAUUCGCAUAUGGGGCAGGCCAUAUAGAUCCUGUAAAAGCUGCAAAUCCUGGAUUAGUCUACGAUAUCAGAGAGGCUGAUUACGUGACGUUUUUAUGUGGACAAGGAUAUAGCAACAAGUCAUUGAGUCUUGUUACUGGAGAUAACAGUACUACUUGCACUAAAGCCAACAAUGGAACCGUGUGGGACCUAAAUAUGCCUUCUUUUGCACUGUCUACUCAAAGCAGUACUGCACCCAUCACCCGUGUGUUCCAUAGGACUGUGACCAAUUUUGGCUCCCCUGUGUCCGUUUACCAGGCAACAGUGGUUCCUCCACCGGGCCUUGAGGUCAGAGUUGAUCCGAGUGUCCUUACAUUCAAAUCUCUAGGGCAGAAGCAAUCAUUCGUUGUGACAGUCAACGGCACCAUUAGCAAAUAUGUGCUUUCAGGUUCCUUGGUGUGGGAUGAUGGGGUGUAUCAAGUGAGGAGCCCCAUAGUCGCCUCAUUAAAUUAAGUUCUGGACAACAUGUUUGCCCAAUUUUUUUCAACAAGUGUAU